GGAAGCUGCCGCAGUGACUGCCGGGAGAAGGCAGAAAACCCGGAAGUAAACAUUCGCGGCUUGACUCCGUUGAAGUCGGAUGGUUUUGGAGUGCGGUCAGCUGAACUGGAAAAAGCCCCGCCAUCAUGUCGGCAGCAGCAGUGGAUACAGCGAAUGCUGCACCCCUGUCGGGGUCCAAAGAAAUGAAUUUGGAGGAACCAAAGAAGAUGACUAGAGAGGACUGGAGGAAGAAGAAGGAGUUAGAAGAACAACGAAAAUUGGGCAAUGCCCCUGCAGAAGUUGAUGAGGAAGGAAAAGACAUCAAUCCUCAUAUUCCUCAGUAUAUUUCUUCAGUGCCAUGGUACAUUGAUCCAUCAAAAAGACCCACCUUAAAGCAUCAGAGACCACAACCAGAAAAACAAAAGCAAUUCAGCUCAUCUGGAGAGUGGUACAAGAGAGGUGUAAAAGAGAAUUCCGUCACUACUAAGUACCGCAAAGGAGCAUGUGAAAAUUGUGGGGCCCUGACACACAAGAAGAAAGACUGCUUUGAGAGACCUAGGCGAGUUGGAGCCAAAUUUACAGGUACUAAUAUAGCUCCGGAUGAACAUGUCCAGCCUCAGUUGAUGUUUGACUACGAUGGGAAGAGAGAUCGGUGGAAUGGCUAUAAUCCAGAGGAACACAUGAAAAUUGUGGAAGAGUACGCCAAAGUUGAUCUGGCAAAACGAACAUUGAAAGCCCAGAAACUCCAAGAAGAAUUAGCUUCAGGAAAAUUAGUAGAACAAGCUAAUUCUCCAAAACACCAGUGGGGAGAAGAGGAACCAAACUCUCAGAUGGAAAAAGAUCAUAAUAGCGAAGAUGAGGAUGAAGAUAAGUAUGCAGAUGACAUUGACAUGCCUGGGCAGAAUUUUGACUCCAAGCGACGAAUCACUGUCCGGAAUCUCAGGAUUCGAGAAGAUAUUGCAAAAUAUUUGAGAAAUCUGGAUCCAAAUUCUGCCUAUUAUGAUCCAAAAACUAGAGCAAUGAGAGAGAACCCAUAUGCCAAUGCAGGGAAGAAUCCAGAUGAAGUGAGUUACGCUGGAGAUAACUUCGUUAGAUACACAGGAGAUACUAUUUCAAUGGCUCAGACACAGUUGUUUGCUUGGGAAGCCUAUGACAGAGGAUCUGAGGUGCAUCUGCAGGCAGAUCCUACAAAACUGGAGCUGCUGUAUAAGUCCUUCAAAGUCAAAAAAGAAGAUUUCAAGGAACAGCAGAAAGAGAGCAUCCUGGAAAAGUAUGGUGGCCAAGAACACUUGGAUGCGCCUCCAGUUGAAUUGCUGUUAGCCCAGACUGAAGACUAUGUGGAGUACUCAAGACAUGGCACAGUCAUUAAAGGACAGGAGCGGGCCAUAGCCUGCUCCAAGUAUGAGGAAGACGUGAAGAUCAACAAUCACACGCAUAUCUGGGGAUCCUACUGGAAAGAAGGCAGAUGGGGAUACAGGUGCUGCCACUCGUUUUUCAAGUACUCCUAUUGCACAGGGGAAGCCGGGAAGGAGACUGUUAAUUCAGAAGACUGUAAUACAGAUGAUGUAACUGGAGAAGAAUCUGUGAAAAAACCUCAAACCCUCAUGGAGAUGCACCAAGAAAAACUAAAAGAAGAGAAAAAGAAGAAGAAAAAGAAAAAGAAGAAGCACCGAAAGAGCAGCUCAGAGAGUGAUGAUGAAGAAAAGAAGCAUGAAAAGUUGAAGAAGGCACUGAAUGCCGAAGAAGCUCGUCUUCUUCAAGUCAAGGAGAUCAUGCAGAUUGAUGAGAGGAAGCGGCCUUAUAAUAGCGUGUAUGAAGCUCGGGAGCCCACUGAGGAGGAAAUGGAGGCCUACAGAAUGAAACGUCAGAGGCCAGAUGACCCCAUGGCCUCUUUCCUUGGACAGUAGUCAUCCAGGACAGAUGUACUCUUUCACCUUCUGGAUAAGUGUAGGUAGAAGAAUCUGCCUACUGUCCCUGCUGCCUAACUUUAAUAAAGCUUUAGAAGUCUCAAAGUAAAUUUAUUUUCCACACUGAAGAAACAAAACAGAAGAAAACCAAAGAGGAAGUACAUUAAAUAUGGACUAAGAUUGGAAGUAAUCUAAUUUUACAUUAGUGAUGGAGAAAGGUCUUGGCUGUCUACCUAUCAAAAUGUCUUCUACUCACCAGUAAAGUCUCUAUUUCCUCAGUUUUUCUAGCCCUUUAUCUAAUAGUGUUACACACUUUGAAAGUAGGUUCGUUACUUUCUCAAAACUAGAACUUCUUUUUUAAACUGCUAGAAAUUGCAGUAAUAAUUUAACUUUAAUUGUAGUUGCUUUGUAGUCAUUUGUUUUAAAUGACCUGAAACAAAAAAUAAAUUUAUUCUAACUUGGACUUUGGGUAACUGAAAGAAUAUUUGUAGAAAAUGUAAAUAACUUUACUCUCCUGUGUAAAUCUGUGAAGUAACAAAUAUGUUUUUAUUUGAUGACCAAAAUUUUUAAUACAUUUCCUUGAACCUUAUGUACAGAACCAAAUUUGUUAGUCUUUCAAUGGAAGAAAACUUUAUUUUCUCAUCCUUGGGUCAGUAUUGUCUAAUCAGUACUUUUACCGUGCUAAACAUGAUUUACCCCUAGAAAUCUAUUCCUCUGCUUGUGAUACUGCUACUUUUGUGAUUACCUUUAUGUAACAAUUAUGACAUUAAAUUUUAAAAGGUAUCUAAUCUUCAUUGGCAGCAAGUCUCACUUUAAAACUUGGAAAGAGUAAAACCUGAAGUUGAAGGUUUCUUCAGAAUUGUAAGGAUGGUUUGUGGGAUCUUAGUAAUUGAGUCUGCUGUGAUCCUCAGGCCUCUUCGAUGAACAUCGUGAAGAUAAUGCUGGCAGAAUGAGACAGCCUGUGAAAAGCCCCUGACAUGACUGCCUUCACUGAACAGUUUCCUGGUCUGUCAAAAAGCACUUGUAGAAUAUGGUGUUCACUCAGCAUCUCAGACACUGUAGUGGUAGAGGCACAGCUGUCUGUCAAAUACUGCACUAUGAAUAUAUAUGGCCUCCAGAUUCAGACUAUUAUGAAAUUAAUACAGUAAUGCCAAUACAUAGAUCUAAUUCUUUUCUUUAAAAGGUCAAAUUUGUCUUCAGAUUCUUUAACAUAGGAUGGCUCAACAUAAAGUCUCACACUGGUGUGGGGAACCACUCAGACUGCUCCAAAGCUCAGGGGCAUCUAAGGACGUGACCGCUUGUCUAAUGGAAGCACACAGUGGGACGCAGUUUUAUAACCAUGACUUGGCACGGGUAAACAUGCAUGCGCUAGGUACAGCACUAUGUAAGAAUGUGAAUAUGAGAUAACAACCUGUGUAAGAGUCACACAAUAAAGACGCAGGCGGCUCGGCUCUGCUCCGUGCUGCCUGCUGUUGUGGCUGUCUUGCACACCUACCUUCUUCAAGUUUGGGACCUCACCCACGAAAAUCUCCCUUGGGCCCCCCAAGCAGGCUGACAGUUGGUGUCCAUUUCGUAUUUCAUCUUCUAUUAAUAAAGGUAUGUAAUUGAGAAUACUUAA